AUGAGUUCAGGACUGGAAAGCUAUGUUAACCAUACUGUUUCUAUUAUAACGUCAGAUGGCAGAAACUUUGUGGGAACUCUUAAAGGCUUUGAUCAAACUAUAAAUAUAAUUUUAGAUGAUAGCCAUGAACGAGUAUAUAGCCCAAAUCAAGGUGUUGAACAAAUUAUAUUGGGUUUACAUCUCAUUCGUGGUGACAAUGUAGCUAUAAUUGGUGAAGUAGAUGAAACAAUGGAUUCCUCAAUUGAUUUGAGCGCAAUCAGAGCAGAACCUAUUGGAUCAGUAGUAUUUUAA